CCAUCCCGAAUUCAUCACCCAAAACGCCCAAGUCCGCCGCCUCUUGGCCCAAGCCGACCGGGUCGCCGAAUCCCCGGCGACCGUGCUCCUCACCGGAGAAAGCGGCACGGGCAAAGAAGUGCUGGCGAGCGCUUGCACGAGCGCAGCCCAAGGCGCAGAGCCUCAUUUGUGCAUCUCAAUUGCGCCUCACUGCCCGAAGGCGUGUUGGAAAGCGAGCUGUUCGGGCAUGAGAAAGGAGCCUUUACCGGCGCGAUCCGCCAGCGCUUAGGCCGCUUUGAGCUAGCCAAUCGCGGCACCUUGUUUCUCGACGAGAUUGGCGCGGCAGAUAUGCGCGUGCAAUUGCGCCUAUUGCGCGUCCUGCAAGAGCGCGAGUUCGAGCGCGUCGGGGGCGCGGAGACCUUGCGGGUGGAUGUGCGGGUCAUCGCCGCUACCAACGUCAAUUUGCGGGAGGCGGUCCGCAAGGGAACCUUCCGCGAAGACCUCUUUUACCGACUCAACGUCGUGCCGCUCAAGCUACCGCCGCUGCGCCAGCGCCAGGGAGAUAUUCCGCUGUUGAUCGAACACUUUAUCCGCCGAUUAGCAGCGCAACACGGGUGCAAAAUUCGCGGCCUCGACACCGCGGCCUUAAAUCACCUCUUGGCCUAUCCAUGGCCGGGCAAUGUGCGGCAAUUGGAAAACGCGCUCGAGCGCAUGGUCCUCCUCGCGAACGACAACUUGUUGCGGGAAGAGGACGUGCCCGAAGAGAUCGUCCACUGGCAAGACGAAGAAGAAUCCGACCUGCUCCCACGCGAUUUUAAGGAAGCGCGGAACUCAUUUGAGCGGCACUUUCUCUGCGAGGCUCUGCACCGGCAUCGCGGGGUGAUUUCGCAAGUAGCCGAAGAAGUAGGGCUGUCCCGCAAGAGCCUGUACGCCAAGCUAGAAAACCUCGAUAUCGACUACCAACACUACCGCACCUGA